CCCGGGAUCAUGACCUGAGCCGAAGGCAGACGCUUAACGACUGAGCCACCCAGGCGCCCCUCCAUCACUGUCUUAUCUCUUCUAUGAAGUGCCCAGAAAUGUCACCAGGUGCUACCAUCUCUGCUUCUCACACCAUUUCCUGUGUUGGCACAGGACCCAAUAUUGAAAGCACUUUCCCCAUGGCUGCAUCCACCUCUACUGAGCUUUUUCCCAGAGCAGAAGCAGCUCACACUGCUCUCAGCAACUCCCCACGCUCCAAAGGUGCGGCACGGUGGCCACUCAGCAUUCCCAGCAGGGCCCCUCCAGCUCCCAACAGUAGGGAACACACACUUACCACUCCUACCACUUCCCCUCACUUUAAACCUAUUUCUGAGGCAUUGCUCAAAACUACAGUCAAGUCCAACACCUCAACAAUCCCAAUGUCCAAGCUUGUCCUCAAGGUGGAAACCACUCCACCCACACUCACUGUCUACAGGAGCACCACAAAGUGCAUCAAUCCCACAAACCUUAUAAUCACUACCACUUACCCCACCACCUGCAUGACCCUGACCACCACCGAGAGACUCACCUCAGCCAUAACCUCUCCUCCCACUACCACCACCACUCUGGGGAAAACUCCCACAACCAUGGCCCUACUCUCUUCCUCUGUCUCAAUGCCCCACACAACCUUCCAUACUCUGAUAUCCUCUACAACUGGUACCACAAAAAGGGCUAGCCAGACCACAGCAAGCAUUUAUACACCCAGGUCUCUGACCCCAGUCAUCACUCCUACCUCUGUUACCCCUUCUCUAACUGCCACGAACAUCUCAGUCAUCGUAACUGAUAACAACUCUUCACCCAUCACCAGUAGCACCUUGAUUACAACCACAGCUUCAUUUCCCAACACUGCCAGUACAUUCAGAACAGCAACUGCCACCACUCAUGAUCCCACAUCAACAAAUAUAUUAACAACACCUACAACGCAAAGUAUAUCUGCUUCUACUGAAGUGACUGCUGCACUCAGUACACCAAUUACUUUGAAAACAAUGAGUUCUAUGGAAACAAAACUAGUUCUGGGGAGUGACACCCCUAAAGAAACUCUCACAACAGGAAUUACUUCGAUUUCUCCAAUCACAUCAUCAAUCACUCCAACAAACACAAUGGUUUCCACCACAUCCGCCACCUCUGGACCCACCCUGGAACCCACUACCACCAAUAUUUAUACAACAUUCACAACCACAGAACCACACUCCUCUACUGUAGCCACUACACACACAGGCAAGAUGACCGCCUGGAAAACUACACUUAUUCCUACAAAAGACAUUUCCACAGUGUCUCUCAUGACAGAGAUUAAUUCUCCUCCCUCCACUAUGUCCUUAAUUACGCCCAGGAAUAUAGUCAAUUCUUCAGUAUCAGCCUCUUCUAUUCCACUGAACCCCUGUACCUUGACAUCAGCCACAAGUAUGCUUCUGUUUUCUCCACCUGCUCCAUCCACAGAACCAGUCUCCAGCUGGACCACAAACGUUACCCCUAUAUCCACCUUGAUUACUACACUCCCUACAACCCAUGUCACGUCCACCCCUAUAUCUCCCACUAGUACUGGCACCGUGGCCACAACUGAAAUCACCACUCCCACCAACAUUUCAACCAUGGGCCACCUUGAACACAGCCUCUUUGCCCACUGCCUCCAUUCCAGAAACCACUACCAUGAUUGUGGUAACAACACCCACUCCUGCAAUACCACAUAGUACCCCAGGUGUCACUUCUUCAAACAUCUACUCUAAAGGAAGCACAACCACAUCAGCAAUAACCCCAACUCCCUCUACCACUGGAACCCCGAGGAUAACC